AUGAGCGGCAGCCGGUUCCAACACCGACCGCUUUGGGAAGACGAUGAGGCUCCUUCUGCUCAUGAGUCGCAUGAUAUCAACUUGGAACCCCACUGGGCCCGGUCGCAUCGGGAAGACGAUGAAGGCCCAUCUACGCACGAGCGGCAUGAUUGGCAUGCCUGGGUAGAUGAGGACGAGGACGAGGACGAUGAUGAGGAGGAGGAGGCCGCCGAAGAAGGAGAGGACGAGGACGAGGAGGAGCAAGACGAUGAGGACGAGGAAGAGCAGGAUGAUGCAGAUGAUGACGAAGAUGAUGACGAAGAUGAUGACGAAGAUGACGAACCCAGAGGCGACGGUCUUGAGUUUGAGGUUCUCAUCGAGGAGAUCUUAGACGCUGCCAGACAAGGAGAUGACGCGCAAGGCGAUGAGGGUCAAGGUGCCGCAGAGCCACAACGACGGGUUGUCAGAAUUGGUGGCGGUAUGCACCCCGAGCAGCCCUGCGGCCCGGGACGACCGUUUCUCACGCAGCGAGAGUUCUUGGCCCUGCUUCGGGGACAGUACCUCAACCCGACGAUAGAGGAGGAUGAGAGCGGCGACGGUCACCGCUUUUCUUGGAACAUCCAGAGCCCAGGUGGCAACAAGCGGUUCCCCAAGAUCCCGAGUGAUGAAGGCAGAAAGUUGAUGGAGUCGGGUGUAUUUGGCACCUUUGACACGCGGACGCCCAACCGUAAGGCUCUCGCUCGCCGUCUUCUGGACCGGGAACUGGGCCUCAAUGGCCCAACAGGUCAUAAAGUCAACCAAGGCCUGAUGGCUCAGUCGAUGAUACCCUCAACCAAGCCAGAGAUGGUUAUCCACUAUGACGAUCCGGUCUGUUGCGGCCAGUUUUCGGACGAUGGCAACUUCUUUUAUGCGUGUGUCAAGGACUUCAAGGUUCGUUUGUACGACACGUCAAGCCCAUACAACUGGAAGCACUACAAGACGGCCAGCUACCCCUUCGGCCAAUGGACCAUGACCGAUGCCGCCCUCAGCCCAGACAACAAAUGGCUUGUCUUCUCCUCCCUCCAACCCCACGUGGGCAUCGCAGCCACUGACCCCAACGAUACGGGCGACCCCUACUCGCUCAACCUUUCAGAGGGUGCCCGUCCAUUUUCUGGAGACUAUGUCUUUGGCGGCUUUGCCAUCUUCUCAGUCCGCUUCUCGGGCGACGGGCGGCACAUCGUCGCGGGAACGGGCGCCAACUCGAUUGUCGUGUACGACAUUGAACGGCGCAAGGCGCUGCACCAUGUAGUGGGACACACCGACGACGUGAAUGCCGUCUGUUUCGCCGACAAGAUGUCACCACACAUUCUGUACUCGGGCUCGGACGACUGCACCAUCAAGGUGUGGGAUACACGCAGCAUGGCUGAUGGCCGGGAAGCAGGGGCUUUUGUUGGCCACACCGAGGGCUUGACCUACAUCGACAGCAAGGGGGACGGAAGGUACAUUCUCAGUAACGGCAAGGACCAGAGCAUGAAGCUGUGGGACUUGAGGAUGGCUAUGUCCACGUCGCGGUUCCAGGAGCUCGAUGCCACGGCUCCCACGAGGAAUCGCGACUACGAAUACGACUACCGGUGGCAGGAGUACGAGGACUACCAGUGGUUCCAGCACCCGCACGACAACUCGCUGGUGACGUUCCGCGGGCACAAGGUCCAGCGGACGUUGAUCAGGUGCCACUUCUCGCCGCCCAACAGCACCGACUCCCGCUACGUCUACUCCGGCAGCUACGACGGGUUCGUCUAUGUCUGGAACCUUGACGCCACGCUGGCGGCGAAGAUCGAUGUGAGAGCUGCCACAAGAGGGACCCCGAUCCGGCCGAGAACGGACCGGCGGCACCGUCUGCACCAUCGCAACGCCCAUGGUUGGGAGGCCAUGGUCCGCGAUGUCGCAUGGCAUCCGAAUGCACCCAUGUUGGUUGCUUCGGCGUGGAGCGGUCCAGCCCAGGAAGCAGGGACGGCAUCGCUGCAUUCGUUCAAUGAAGGCGACAUGGACGAGGGCUGCCCGGCGAUGGGCAUUCCGGUCAACGAAGACCUGGUUCCAUAUCGGGACUCCUAG